GCCGUGUGGUCUUUCGCGACGCCAGCGGAGGAGGAGGAGGAGGAGGAGGGAGAGCAAGAGGAGGACGACGACGAUCUCCUGAAACGCAAGGCCUUCUCUGCGCUGGAUGCCAAUCCUGAGCUGAGAGCGAAGCUGGAGUCGAAGGGUGGGAAACUGCUAGAGCAACCCCUGACUCGUGUCCAGUUAGCUAAACGCGAGCUCAAGAAGAACAUCCGAUCGCAUUCGAAAAUCCAGUUCGACGAAAGUGGUAAUGUAAGUCCUCGAGGCUUAACCCUUCUUCCACGCCAGUUUUUUUUGGCUCUUGUUUUUGUCCUACUGCUACGCAGUGUGUAA